CCACUACUUGGGUAUGUUAAUAAACACAUACCUGAACCACUUUCAUCACCCAAAACACCAACUUUCAAAAUGCCUCACGCAUAUCAUGAGGGCCAGCAGGUCAGAAAGCCCGAAGAGAUAAAUGCUUACCUUGUCGGCGGAGGUAUUGCAUCCCUCGCAGCAGCGGUUCACCUUAUCCAAGAUGCAAAAGUGCCUGCUAGUCAAAUCCACAUCCUCGAGUCUGGCCCAUUGCCAGGUGGAUCAAUGGACGGAGCUGGAAUUGCGGAAACUGGGUACAUUUUACGCAGCGGCCGGAUGCUUAACUUCAGCUAUCUUUGCACUUAUGAAUUGCUUUCAAAAGUUCCGUCUCUGAAAGACUCAGCCAAGACCGUCAAGCAGGAACUCGAUGAGUUCAAUGCCAUACCUGACAACAAGACGAAUGCCCAUGCGAGACUUAUUGCAAAGGGCGAGAAGGGACCGGAGAUCGUGGAUGUUUCUCAUAUGGGUUUAAAUACGAAGGAGAGAGCAGAUCUACUCCGUGUUGCUGCUGAGACGGAGAAGCAGUUGGGAACGAAGAGGAUCAAUGAAUGUUUUACUAAAGAGUUCUUCGACACGAAGUUUUGGUAUAUGUGGGAUACAAUGUUUGCUUUCCAACCAUGGCACAGUGCAGUGGAAUUCAAGCGGUAUCUGCACCGCUUCAUCCAAGAGUUUCCAAGGAUCAAUUCACUCACAGGAGUAGAUCGUACAUCCUACAAUCAAUACGACUCCAUCAUCCUCCCAAUUGAAACUUAUCUCAAAGCUCAAGGCGUCCAAUUCCUCUAUGACAUCAAAGUCAAUUCUCUCUCCUUCUACCCCGGCCCCGCCAUCACCGUCUCAGAAAUCCACUUCGCAUCAAGCAAGACUGGCGCCACAGGCGUAAUUCACGUCGAAGCCCACGACCUCGUCUUCCUCACCCUCGGUUCAAUGACAGCCUGCUCCUCGCUCGGCACCAACGCCACGCCCCCCGAGCCCCUCCCCGCCGCCGAAGAGGCUUUGACCGCCCCAGACGGAGCCUGGCAGCUAUGGUCUUCCCUCGCAAACCCAUCUCUUAACCCCCACUCCUCAGCUUUUGGCAAUCCCGCGAACUUCUACACUCGGAUUCCGGAGAGCAAUUGGCUUUCCUUCACAGUCACGCUCAAAACCCCGGAAUUCUUGGAGAAACUAGAAGUCGUAACGGGCAAUAAAGCAGGCACAGGAGCAUUGGUAACGUUCAAAGACAGCAAUUGGCUCAUGAGCAUCGUGGUCCCUCACCAGCCUCACUUCCUCAAUCAACCUGAAAACGUGCAAGUCUUUUGGGGCUACGGACUCUUCCCUGACAAAGUGGGAAAUAUCAUCCAGAAACCAAUGUCUGAAUGCACCGGCGCUGAGAUACUCCAAGAGCUACUUGGACACCUGAAUUUCCCCGAACAGCCUACUUUGGAGAACGCCAUCACAAUCCCGUGCAUGAUGCCGUAUAUAACGGCGCAGUUUUUGACAAGGAAGCAUGGCGAUAGGCCAGAGGUUGUCCCAAAGGGGAGCACGAAUUUGGCGCUCAUGGGCCAGUUUGUUGAGAUUCCGAAGGAUACAGUGUUCACGGUUGAGUAUAGUGUGCGCUGUGCGCAGGUGGCGGUGCAUGAAUUAAUGGGAACGAAGGAGAAGCCGAAAGAUAUUUACAUGGGAGAGCAUAAUGUUAAGGUUUUGGUUGAGGCGUUGAGGAUGUUGCUGACUUGAAAGAGGGGGAAGUUGAAUUGCUCCACUCGUUGAUAAAGGGUGCGAGGUUCGGCGUUUACGGGAUUUGUUAUUGUGUAAAUGAGUUUAUGUAAAUCGAGUAAAAUAAAUUACGAUGUCCAAACCAU